GUGAGUCCUGUGCCGCAGUUCUCCUGGGUACGGCAAGCAUCACAUUGCCAAUGGCACUGGGAUGGGGAGCCCCUGGGUGCCCUUGGGCCAUCAGGAAAGGCCACGGGAUCGACUGGCAGUGAAAGAGUUAACGGCAGCAGCUGGGCCCUUCUCUUCGAGGAAAAAAAAAAACCUCCCUGUAGAUGCCUGGCCUGCCUCCAGGGCCAAGCUGUAGGAGCUAAAAACUGGGAAGUUCAGACCUGUGGCCAGAUCUGCUUCUGUAACAAGCACUGGAGGAGCCUGGCUGCCGUGUCUGCCCGUCUGUCUGUCUGUACGUCUGUCCUCUGUCUCUCCAUAAACCCAUCUGGCUGGCUGACCAGCUUCCUGUUGAUCCUCUGUAAACCCGCCUGCCCACCUAUCUGUAAGCCUAUCUAUUAUCUUUUCCAUCCAGCUGUCUGGCCUGUGUGAUAAUUUAUCUUUAUCUCCAGAUCCAUUGAUUUUUUUCCCCCAUCUAUCUGUUCGCCUGAGUUUACCCGUAUAGUUUCUUUUCCAUUCAUCUGCCAGCCGGUUUGCUUCUCUUGUCUGUCCACUGCCCUGUGUGCCUGCCUGCCUCCCCUGCCCUCUCUCCCUGGACCUCAGAGCCAUGGCCUGGAGUCACAGGACCACAGUGUGCCUGGUUCUGCUAGGUCUUGGUUUGGGUCUGGCCAUCAUCGUGUUGGCUGUGGCCCUUUCUCAUCGGCACGCCUCUUGCGGCCCCGGGGCCUUUGCGCAUGCUGCCGUAGCUGCUGACUCCAAGAUCUGCUCAGAUAUUGGACGAGCCAUCCUCCAGCAGCGGGGCUCGCCUACCGACGCCGCCAUCGCAGCCUUGAUCUGCACUGGUGUCGUUAACCCGCAGAGCAUGGGCCUGGGCGGAGGGGUCGUCUUUACCAUCUACAAUGCAACAACAGGGAAGGUGGAAGUCAUCAACGCUCGGGAGACAGUGCCCGCCAGCCAUGUCCAGGGCCUGCUAGACCAGUGUAAAAAGGCCCAGUCACUAGGCACAGGGGCCCAGUGGAUUGGGGUCCCUGGGGAGCUCCGUGGCUAUGCUGAGGCCCACCGCCGACACGGCCGCCUGCCUUGGGCACAGCUUUUCCAGCCCACCGUCACUCUGCUCCGGGAGGGUUUCCGUGUGCCCUCUGUCCUCAGCCAGUUCCUCAACAGCAGCUUCCUGCGGCCCUCAUUGUACUCAUCAACUCUGAGACAGCUCUUCUUCAAUGGGACAGAAACCUUGAGAUCUCAGGACCCAUUUCCAUGGCCCGCACUGGCCAACACCCUGGAGACUGUGGCCACGGAGGGUCCGGAGGCCUUAUACACAGGGAGACUGGGCCAGAUGCUGGUGGAGGACAUUGCCAAGGAAGGAAGCCGGCUGACAGUUCAAGACUUGGCUGCCUUCCAGCCUGAAGUGGUGGCUCCCCUGGAGAUGUCCCUAGGAAACUACACUCUGUACUCACCACCACCACCUGCAGGGGGUGCUAUUCUUAGCUUCGUUCUCAAUGUGCUGAAAGGGUUCAACUUUUCUGCAGAGACAGUGACCCGGCCUGAAGGGAAAGUGGACAUGUACCAUCACCUUGUAGAGACACUCAAGUUCGCAGUAGGGCAGAGGUGGCGGCUAAGGGACCCUUCCAGUCACCCAGGGACACUGGACACCUCCCAGGACCUCCUGGGGGAGGCCCUAGCCGAACACAUCCGCCAGCAGAUCGAUGGCCGCGGUGACCACCAACUCAGCCACUACAACCUGACUGGGGUCAGGGGCAUCAGGAUGGGCACCUCUCAUGUGUCUGUGUUGGGAGAGGACGGCAGUGCUGUGGCAGCUACCAGCACCAUCAACACACCCUUUGGAGCGAUGGUGUACUCGCCUCGGACAGGCAUCCUCCUUAACAACGAGCUACUGGACUUAUGCUGGAGGCACCUACCAGGUUCCGCUGUCACUCCCCCACCUGUUCCAGGUGAGCGCCCACCAUCUUGUAUGGUACCCUCCAUCUUGGUGAACAAGGCCCAGGGAUCCAAGCUGGUGAUUGGCGGGGCUGGGGGAGACCUCAUCAUCUCUGCUGUGAUCCAGACCAUCAUGAAUAAGUUGUGGCUUGGCUUUGACCUGACGGAAGCCAUUGCAGCCCCCAUCCUACACGUCAACAGCCAGGGCCAUGUGGCAUAUGAACCCGAGUUCAACCAGGAGGUGCAGAAGGGGCUGCGAGAGCGGGGCCAGAGCGACAGCCCGAGACUGUUUUUCUUGAAUGUGGUCCAGGCUGUGUCCCAGGAAGGACCCUGUGUCUAUGCCGCAUCUGAUGCCAGGAAGGCUGGAAAGGCUUCGGGAUACUAAGGCAGCUUUGCCCAGAGUUAGGAUCUGACCCACUGUGUGCCCCACAUGGAUGAGGCUGUGGGUCUAAGUGUUCCAGGACCUGGAUCCUUGGCUGUGAGACCAACCUGGGACUGAAAAGAGACUGAAGAGGGGGGAUUGACUUGUCCGUGGUCCCUUCCCAACACCUGUGGUGGCCCUGCUUUGGCUCUUCUAGCCUCCUUAGGCCUCAUGCCCUGACUCUACAUGGAGUGCCUACCAUUCCAGGAUUAAAGAGGAGCCACACUAUGGACUGAUUUAGUGGUUCUAAGCAGGGAAAGGGACCCCCAGAUAAUAAUGCCCAGUGGCACACAAGACGCCUCAGACUCCUAUGGUCCUUCAUGCCUCAACAUCAAGGCUGAGAGAUGGGCCAGGUUUCUUAAGGCUCAGUGAACAGGGGCAAGCAUCCCACCCGCCUCUGCUCUGCUCAAGCUACAGUGUGUUUAGGGGCUUUGCAGUGUGUCCGUCCCCAUCUCGCCUGUGACUGAGAAGGCAGGGGUGUGGCUUGUAGCACUUGUCCUCAACUCUUGUGAGGCCCUUCUCCACGCCAGGAAAAGGUUAGACGGAGCACAGCUUGCGGGCCCUUGAUCAGGACCUAACAUUCCACGUUCUUGAGACUAGGGCUCAUUCUCGGUAGUACUGACACACGCGAUGAACUCUGUUGUGUGGAGCUGUCCCUGCAUCGCUCACCCUCGACACUAUAGCAUCUCCUCAUAUACUCCCGGAUGCAACAGCACAAACUGUCUCUGGACAGGGAUACGUCAUCCCUGGCUGAGAACUGCAGGCUAUCCAGCAGGGUGCCCAUGAUGGAGGUCUCUCUGGGAGCGUCAGGUACUUCUGUGUGACCCCAAGUGCCUGCAGGAGUUGCUUCGGUGAAUCCAGGGUGCUACAACAGAAGUUCAUCACUCUGGUUCAACAGUUAAGAGCCCUUUUCUUCGAGGACCCAGGUUUUGAUUCCCAGCACCCACAUGCUGGUUCAUCACCUUCUGCAACUCCAGUUCCAGACACAGUUCCCUUUCUUACCUCCACAGGCUCCAAGGAUGCAUGCAGUCAAAACACUCACAUGCAAAAUUAAGUGAAUAAAUCUAAUUUCAAAAAUUUGAAAAAAGCUGAAGACUCAUAACUCUGAAAACCACGCCGUCUGAGAUAGAGAUGCCAGCAGGUUCAGAGUUUGGUGAGGGUUUAUCUCACAGAUUGUCAUCUGGUGGAAGGAGUUUGGUGAAGGUUCAUCUCCUCACAGAGAGUCUGUCAUCUGGUGGAAGGAGUUUGGUGAGGGUUCAUCUCCUCACAGAGAGUCUGUCAUCUGGUGGAAGGGGUUUGGUGAGGGUUCAUCUCCUCACAGAUAGAUUGUCAUCUGGUGGAAGGAAUUUGCUGAGGGUUUAUCUCCUCACAGAGAGUCUGUCAUGUGGUGGAAGGGGUUAGGUAACUUGCUAGGGUUUCUUAAAAGACGUUAGAGCCACCCCUCACUAUCUGUAGAAGAUCAGUUCCAGCAAAGAAGACUGAGGUCUGUGGAUGCUUCAUCCUUUAUAUAAAACCGAGUGGUGCUUGGAUCAGCUGCUUGUAAAAUCAAGAGCUGCAAGCUAGGAGAUUAAGUGAAGUCCAGAUGGGAUCUUUUGAUGCUCUUGGUUACAAUCAGAUCUUCAUCUCUGUCGUGGCGUUGUGGUAAGGUGUGGACUCCCCUCAAUUCUCUCCUC